AUGGCUUGGCUCCAGUUCCUCCUUUCAGGACCCCUCCUGAUCCUCUGCUGGUCUUCUCCAGAGGAUUCUGCAAGGUCUAUAAAUUGCACCUCCUGCGAUGAAUUUGUUGGCAAGAUCUGCAAAAAGAAUCUAGGUUCCUGCCAAUCCAGACAUCCUGACUUUGCAUGCCAGACCAAAGAAAUAUACACUCAACGUUACACUGGAGAAUUUUUCUACCUAUAUUCCAUGUUGGGCUGCCCGAAAAGAUGUGUGGAAUACAUACGCAUCUCCAACUCAGAAAAGAAUGUCUUCCACUGCUGUAAUGAAAGCUACUGCAAUAGCCUCUCUGUAAAAGACCAGACUCCAUAUGAGCCCACCUUGUUUGAGAGAUUAUAUUGA